AUGGCCAGUGCUACUCGUCGCACAACCACACGAGAACCCUCAAAGCUGGCCAGAUCCGCUACAGUUACUGCUACUCAACUCGCAAACGAACUCGCCACCAAACUCACAAUUAGCAAUGGCACUGAAACAAAAACUACCACGAAGGCCAAGAAGACACCGGAAAACGUCGAUCACAAAGUUUUAGCUAUGCGUUCAGUAAAUGAAGCAUCCCAGGCGCUAUCUGGCGUUGUUCAAUCCGGUUGGAAGAAGUCGGCAGACUCGUCCAAGACAACAUUAGCUACGGCGACUUCAGCAGCUUCAAAGGCCUCCAAAGCUUUGGAUACUCUCAGGAAGUUGAGACCGGGAGACUUGGAUGUUGAAAGAGCAGCUUCGAGUGUAUUGGGAAAGUUAAUUGCUCUCGAAAUGUUCGAUUUUGCAGAGAAAGCGUUGACAGAGACGCAACCUCGUCUCAUUCUACUGUUGAACGUUGACUCAGAUCAAUCCAAUCCUAUAUCAAUCCCACCACCGUCGUCUCCACCAACAAAUGCUAUUCUGUUAAAUUUGGUGUCGCUUUAUCUUCUUUAUGCACUAAUCAUCAAGUCACAUGGAAGCAACUCAGUCGACGAACUUUCAAAGUCCUUAAGCUCUCCGACAACGCACUCCUUGCUGUCAUGGCUACCGAUGUUGUCAGCCUUACCUGCAAAGCAUACCGACUCGUUGCUUACCCGAGCAUAUACCGCCGUCAACAAGCUUUGUUCAACAUCCUCUUCAUUACCUCCGACGAAGUCCAAAGCUCAUCCAUCUCCUCAAUCAAUAUUUAUUCUUCGCAUGUACGCCCUUCGAUGCCUUGCUCAUACAACCCCGGGUACUAUUGAGGCAAAUACAUUCUGGGAUCAAGCAACGCGUUAUGCCAGUGUGUUUGUCAAAGCCACGCCACAGAAAGGAGAAGAGCAAACUACUUCUAUGAUUCUUCAUGCAUUUGGUCAACUCGUGGAUCUUGCUGAGCAAAGAACAGAUCGAGAAGCUUUCAUGUCGGUUGAACAGCAAGAGAAGGGCUUCUUGCGAUUAUGUGAGCACUGGCUAUCGUUCGCGAAACGGGCUGGUGACAUUUCUGCGAUCCAGAGGAUCAACGCAUGCAUGAAGCAACCUUCUUCAUCCACACCACCCAAGUCUCAAUCACAUGAAUCAGCUACUGUUGAACAGGACAUUGUGGUCGAUGGCACUAAAGUCUGCACACUCUUUUCUCAGACCUUAGUGCUGCUUGAAAAUGCCGAAAGUUCUUCUAAUAAUGACUUACUCCGAUCUAUUGAGGACUGUGCCACUCUUCUUAACACAUCUUCCUCUAUACGAACCCUGCUGCAAUCUAGCCUGAGGAUUGGUGAAAAAUUAUCCAAAGAACAGCAAUCCAUUUCUCGAAUAUCUGGCAAAGUAGACCGAGCGUUUGAAAAGCUUCGGCGGAUGGCCAUCAAAUAUCUCGACAUCCAUCCAACCUCCACUCAAUCCGAAACCUUUCAUACCACUCGGGAUGCUGUUCUUCGCAAUUUUCUUUUGGCUGCGGUUGACACUCUGCAUUCAGUUCUGCAAAUUCCGGAUCUGACAGCCACUGAAACUCGCGAUUUGCUAACGCGCUCUAUCGACACUUUAUUCGUUAUGUCAAAAACAGUCCUUAAUGUCGGCGAACCUUCAACGUUCACUAUCGCUUUCGAGUUACUCAAUCGGGCUAGCGACAUUCUGAAGACCGUCCCUCAAGAUAAAUUCCCUCUUUCUCCUGUCGAUCAAGCCGUAGACAUCGCCAACUAUGCACGAUGCAUCUCAGGGGCGUUUUACAACAUUGCUGGAUCAUUGUAUCAGGCUUCAAGAUAUGGAAACGCUGUUCCUUUCCUGAUGGAAUCAUGCGUACUGGGAGCCAAGGCAUUACAGUUAUCUCGACCUAUUCCCGAAGUAUCCAAUGAAAUGCGGGAGAAGGAAUGGCAAAACCUUGAAGAACAGUUUUUUCGGCGGUGGGAGCUUUUGGGCGUGUGUUAUUCGAAAAAUGGCGAUCGAAAGAACGCAUACCACGCUUUUAAACAGUCCAUCCACACCUUCCCUUUCCAUUCUUCUGGCUUGACUGGUCAAACCGACCAUCAAGCACCAGAUAUACUUUUUGGAUCUUCUGCAAGCUCUGCUAUUCAGUCGCUCGUCACUCUGGUGGACCGAAUAUCGUACAUUGGCUCGUGCGACCUACUCCUUCCCCCUGAAGAAAUCUCGGUGCUGUCAGCGACCAACUUCACAACAUGCGACCAUCCUGACCAGGGUACGAAUCCCGCUGGUCUCGAAUCAUGCGUCAUAGGGGUUCUGCUGGAACGACAAUUGGACAGCUUGGAACCUAGCAGGUGUAAAGAUGGUGUGCGAAGUGUUCAGCUAAGGCUUCUCCGAGAUGCUCUUUUAGUUUAUUCUAAACAUCACGAGAACAGCUCUGCGUUCAUGCCUGUAAGAAGGGCAAGAAUUCUAGUCCGAUGUUUGGAAUUCUUGUACAGAGAUCAGGCAGACGACGCUUGCGCUAAUCUUGGAUUCAAAACCGUGGAUGAGAUCGGUGCUGAAAUCGAGGAGCUUUUGACUAACAAUGCUCGUAAUCUAGGAAAAGAUGCACGCCUCAACCAUUAUACCAACCAAUAUCGCAUAGCCAGUCAUCUGUGGGUUGCCCUACAUGCCCAUCGCCGAGUCGAUCCCCAGCAGACAGGUAUAAUGUCUCGACAUACCGAUGAUGCCUGCCGCAUGAUGAAGGAGCUGUUGGCCAAAGAAGCAGAAGGAACACCCAAACUUCGCAAGACGUCUAGUCCGAAAAUCGUCAAGGCAACUGUUUCGCCCAAGGUCAACAAGCUCGUUUCGCCAAAGCAACUUCGAUCUACCCGCCAGCGCACAGUUCCUGCCGCUCCAAGAAAGGCACCGCCGUUGAGGGCUUCCCAGAAAGUACCAUUAAAUCCUGUAACGCCUAAACCGCGUACUCGGACAGCUUUGCCCGCAACGUUCACUGUGAAGCAAACACCGCCGCGGCGGUCUAUGGAUCCAGCACAACCUACCAAAGCACAUACGUUGAUCUUUGAUAACUUUGAAAAUUUCAUGUCCCUUCUUCAACUAACUGCCAGAAUUCUGGGGCUGCUAUCGCUGAUACUGCCUAAGGCGCGGUUGUUGGACAUGACAAGGAAACUGGCCCAGCGUCACGUCGGAGCUAAAAGUGACGAAUUUGUUAUCUCAUCCCUAGACCUUGCCCAUGAAUAUGUUCUCCUUGGAAAAACAAAGCGAGCUGCAUCCAUAUUCUAUCCCGCUCUUGAGAUAGUACGCAGCGGGCAGGUCUCCGACGACGUGGCCGUCCGGUUCUUGCUGCGGUUUUCCGAAUCUCUGUGUGUUAUUGGAGAUGUCCCAGAAAGUUCCAAAGUUUAUCUAGAGGCUCAUGUAAUAUCGAAUGCGCUGGAUCUCGAACAAAAGGGGGUGUCAACACAACAACGCAUAUAUGCAAGGGCAAAAGUGUUAGAAAUUGCGGCGUUGGCUUCACGGGUUUUCAGCCUCGUGCAAUUUGAAAAAGGUGACAUCUAUGCCUCGCAUGAAGGCCUGUUACAAUCGCUUCGCCUAUGGAAUAGGGCCGUUGAUGCGAUAACUCGAUUAUAUCCUGUUCGAGGGCCACCCGAAUCCGAUCCUUUCGAAAUGACAAGUUUGAAUGACGCUCUACCGAGCACCUCCAGCACUUCUGUACCCACACCUGCCAAUGGUAGCACCACGAAGAAACCAAACGAACGCAGACCACUCUUGGAUGGUUUGGAAUGGAGGAUGUCGGAAGGACUCUUAUCGACGAUGUUGGCACUAGCGCAGACGUAUUUUCUCAGAGGUUCCGCCCGUGAGGCAGAAUACUUUGCUAAACAGGCUGUCGAUCUCGCUGAGCAAAUGAAUGCGCCUGGGAUGAUCGGCCGCGCGUUGACCAGGCAAGGCGAAGUUCAGCUACAUAUGGGACAUCUCCAAGAUGCUUGGGAAACUCUGAUGAAGGCAUCUCUCAUCGUCAAGGACGUUCCGGGUUUGGAAACUGUGGAAAUUCGCCGACUAAAAGUCGAAUGUGAUUUGCGAGUAAAUGGAGAAGAUGCAGUCGUAGCUGAAGAUCAUCAAACUGAAUUUAAUGAGACAGUGGCCAUGCUCGAAGACCUCGACGCCGCCUUCAGACAGUUCGAUAACCUUGCGUUCGGCCCUCGCACUUCUCUCGGAAGCAAAACUCGUAUUGACGUUUUGGCUCCUGAUUUGUUGGUAUCCCUCCUUAGCCAACAAUUGUGGAACCUACGAGACGCCGGCGAUGAUAACUUCAACUCUCUAUUGGAAAAGUUACUCUCAUUAUCCUACUCUCCUCAAAAUAAGGCUGAAGAGAAUGCCCUCUUGGGAAAGCUUACCCUGCACAAAGUGUAUGGCCGUUUCAGAAGUGAUAUGUUUCUGAGCUCAUUGACCGAAUCAACUAUUGCAGUGCCUAUGGGGAUGGAAAGCAAAGAGUCCUCUCCUUCGCCAGCCCAAUCUGCAGAUAUGGUGGAUGCUUUGUCAAGUGCUGAAAAGUUCUUUUGGGACCAUCUAAGCCUGACAGCAUCAAAAGGGAGCGUCAUCAAAGUACGCGAAGCUGCCAUUUCCUUAGCUCUCAUAUCCGCGUUCCGUACAUCUCUUGGAGAUAAGAAAAUUCAAGGCUCCUCGACUAUGGCGUCUUUACUUGAUAUAUCAGUUGCUCUCACACUCCGACGGGAUAUGCUGGAUGCAAUCGCGAAUAAGUUUCCUUCAUUACAAUGUCCAGAUGACCUGCAAUGGCCACCGUUGUCCCCUGACGGUGCAGCCCUUCCACGCCCUGUCAAGUCACUGUCAUCAAAAUUCUCUCUCUCCUCCCUCUCCGACUCUGAAUCUGACAGCGAAGAUUCGUCGAGGUUUUCAACGAAGGCGGUAAAGAGCUAUUGGAAAACUACACUCGCCAGGUACCAAUCCCAAGUGCUAGGCUCGUUCAUUCCUUCCACCAAUGAAACCACCGGGCUUCCACAAACAUGGGCAGUCAUCAAUAUAAGUGUGACUCCCGAUAAGAGCACACUUUUUAUUUCCAGACAAGAUGGAGGCUUGGAUGCCACCGAACCUUUGAUCUUCUGCAUCCCGUUGAAAGGUCGCAGGGACCAUGGCGGAGGCGAUGAAGAUGACACAUAUCUGACAUUCGAUGCAGCGAUUCAAGAAAUGAAGGAUAUCGUUCAAUCCAGUGAUGACUGUAUUAAAUCCGCUGUGGAUAUUAAGUCUGACGACGACGAGGCAAAAUCGAACUGGUGGAAGAUACGUGGAGAGCUUGACGUCAGAAUGCGAGAGUUGCUCGAAAACAUUGAAUAUUGCUGGUUGGGGGCUUUCAAAUCUAUUCUCAGCCCGCGAACACCUAUAUCGCCCGAGACAACGUCUGAGCUUCGAAAUCAGUUCGAGAAAGCUUUCUAUCGCAGUCUUCAUGUCAAAGAGAAAAAACCAAAAUCUAAAACAGCCCACAGAAAAACUGCUUCUCAAACGCCGAACAUAUCUGCGACAGACUUCACCCUUGACGACACUAUGAUCAAUUGCUUUUCAACUCUAUCUCCGAAGUGUCGCGACGAGGAACUUGAAGAUCUUAUCUAUUUCGUUCUUGACCUAUAUCAGUUCCAUGGUGUUCCUGUCGCCAUCGCGGAAGUCGACAUCGAUCAACUAGUCGUUGACCUCAGGACAGUGUUGGAAGACCAUUCGUCAAAGAAAAAUCGACAGAAUAAACCAGGACGUUCCCCAGAAGAUGAGCAUCUGUUCCUCGUCUUGGACAAGAAUGUACAGGGCCUUCCUUGGGAAAAUAUACCUAUCUUGCGAGGAAGAAGCGUGAGCCGCAUCCCUGGCGUCCAAUUUCUCUAUGACAGGCUUGCCUUCGCGAAGAUGAAAAGAGAAGCCAACGGCCAGUCAUACGAAGCGGACAAUGGCGCAUGUAUUGACCCUAAAAACGGUUAUUAUGUCUUAAACCCAAGUGGCGACCUCGGCAGGACUGAAGAACGAUUCAGAGACUGGGCCAAAGAUAUGAAAUUUUCGGGAUGGGAUGGCGUAGCAGGCAAACCCGUCAGCGAGCAACAGUUUGUGAACGCCCUCAAAACCCGCGAUAUUGUUGUGUAUUUUGGUCACGGCGGAGGCGAACAAUAUAUCCGCUCACAUAAAAUCAGAAGUCUCCCUACCUGUGCCGCCACUAUGCUCUGGGGUUGUUCUUCAGGCCUGUUACGCGACAUGGGCGACUUUGACAGGACGGGAACGCCUUACAAUUACAUGCUUGCAGGAUGUCCUACCUUGAUCGCAAACUUGUGGGAUGUCACGGACAAGGACAUCGACAAGCUUUCGCAAUCCGUCUUUGACAAGAUGGGUUUGACAGGCAAGGACCUUAACCUGCCGCGGGAGAAGAACGCGAAGAGUCGACCUUCAAUAGUUGCUGCGGUGGCUCAAUCUCGUGAUUCCUGUAAAUUAAAGCAUUCGUCGUGUUCAACAUUCAUUACUAUUUACGUUUUGGAAACACAUUCGCAACGCGGCCUGGCGCUUAUAUUUGCAGACGGCGGUUAUGUUGCGGAUCAAAAUUGUACUGACUCGGAAGAUAUAUAA